AUACUAGCAAUUUGCAUUAGUACUCUUUCCCACAUGUAAAGGAGGAAAAAAAACAAGAAUUUAAAUACAAACCCCAAACACCAAAAACAACAAUAUUUCUUCCUCCUCCUCCUCCAGACCUCCUCCUCCUCUUCUUCUUCCCCAUCUUCAUUACCCAUUUUCUUUCUGUAAUCUUCAUUACCCAUGUCUGGUUCAAUCUUAAUGAGUUCUCAUGGUGUGGCUUUUGCAACUGCCAUGGCAGUUUCCGGUACAGUGAUCAUCCUCGCUAUUUGUCGAUCACCCAAACUUACUCUUUCAGUCUCCGAAUUUCCCAACAAGUCUGAUGACCCACAGAAUCUACGAUCUUGUAUAUCUUCUGAAAAGAAGAAAAGAGAGAAAAAGAUGAAGAAAAGGGUUCAUUUUGCUGAAGAUGUAGUAGAUCCAAUUGGAAACAGUAAAGACUUGAGAAGAGUCCAUAAGAGGUCUUCAUCAUCAUCAUCAUUUAAGAAAAAUGAUCAAGAUUGUGGUCGAUCUCAACAAGAAAAAGUUCGAGGAAUUCCUCCAAAUCGUCUGGCUUUGUAUAAUGGAAUUAUGCGAGAUCGUGAGCAACGGAUGACUAGCUCAUAUUGAUCAACACUGCGAAUCAGUAGUCUCAAUUGUCUCUGUGUACUACUAAUUUACUUUCUGAAGCUCUCAUUUCUUUAAUUUAGAUUUAAUUAGUUUGUAAAUUACUAUUAGUUUGUGGUGUAAAUUACGGUGUGAUUAGAUGGAUUGAUUAUGAUCAACUAAUUUUAACUUGCUUUUAGAGUCCA